AUGGCCUCGACAACAGAGGCAUCUCCGCUUCUCCCCCAACAUCAGCGCCAGGGAGCCUCCAAUACGUCACCGCGAGGGAGCCGCCCGUUACGGACUGUAACAUUUAACCCACUGGCCACAGUGAGCACGUACCAUGAUGCUGUCUCCGCGGACCCUACCUUAAAACCCACACAAUCGAGUGCUUCGUCCUUUCCGAGUCCCCAGGGUGGCUAUCAACGACCGAGCGGGUUAUCCGCAUUGAACAGCAGGCUCCGUCGUCGCAAUAGUCAUGGAGCUCCUUACAGCACCGCAGCUUCGUCGAUGCUAGCAGCCCCCAAAGUUGGACCACAACGAACAACAAAGAAGGCUCAGAAAUUAAAACUUCUCCCCGAUCCCGUGACGGAGGCUGAAGAGGCUGUCGAGGGUGAAUUUCCGUCAGACGUCUACUCGCAGAUUGCACGAAUUAAAGAGCCCGCGGCUCGGAGUCAUGCUGCACGACUAGGAAAAGCGGACAGAGAGAGACUCCCACGGGUAACAGCGUAUUGUACCGCUAAUUCGUACAGAUUAGACGGGGUCAUAAGGUUUCUCAAAUCCCGAGCGAAGACCCGUGGAGCUAAUCCGAAGCUAUUUGACGAAUGUGUCUAUUCACCAUAUGACUAUCAAUAUGAGGAUAAAAAGGGAGGUUCCAGAAGCGCUUCAGAUGAUAUCAUAGACCCAGCCAGCGUUCAGCCCGAAAGACCUGCGGAACGCAGAUACUCGGAUAGCGCAGUCGAAAUUGAAGAUAAUGCCAAGGCUCGAAGAGACCUCAUUGGUCUCCAGAAUGCAGAGCUUCACGAGUCUACUCUAGUUCAGACCUCUGAAAGUGCUGCGUCUGCAUCUCACACCGCAGAGACACCUGAUUUUGACACUACGAUACAUACCCCCGAAGUAUUUCUGUUCGAUUAUGGAACGGUCGUCAUAUGGGGCAUGUCUCCUGCGCAUGAGUCUCGAUUUCUAUCCGACAUAUCCAAAUUUGCAGCAUCCAUUCUAAGCCCCGAAGAUACGCAAGUGGAAAACUUCAAUUUCUACUACGCACGCGAAUAUCAAGCGCGAAUAUACAAUGACUUCAUUUCUCUACGUGACCCACGAAGCUAUAUGAUUAAGCUGGCUAUCUCGCAUGCUCUAGCGCAAUCAGUCAAAACAUCGCUUUUUGAAGACCUCGUUUCAGAGACGAUCUCAAAUACCGCACCACUACCAGCCCAGAUCGCUCAAACAGGAAGUGUCGAUCUAACACGGCGACAAAUAAAUAUGCAGAUUGGUGAACUGUUUAUCUUACGCAUCAACAUCCAUUUACAAGGCUCUGUCCUCGAUAGCCCGGAACUAAUGUGGGCAGAACCGCAGUUAGACCCUGUCUAUCAGGCAGUUCGAAGCUAUCUCGAGAUGGACCAACGAGUAAGCCUUUUGACGGAACGACUCGAUGUGAUUGCAGACCUUCUCGCUGUCCUGAAGGAACAAUUGACUCACCGCCAUGGUGAGUAUCUCGAGUGGAUCGUCAUUGUUCUUAUCGCCGCCGAAAUCCUUGUUGCAGCCAUUAAUAUUGUGGUUGAUUUAUAUGCGGGAGUUGAUUGA